GAUCACGGAACGAAGUUUGGCAUUCAGCGGCGGCGACAAAAUGUGUCGGACCGGAAGCGGAUGUGGACAAUGUUUUGAAUCGUAAUAGUUAACGUCGCACAACUGAAAAAGAACGCCUUAUUGACUUUUGGAGGUGAUUAGAAGGCUGCGAGAGACUGGAACGUUACAGAUGUUUGCUGUCUUUGACGAGGUACACGCUUGACUAAACAACUAAAGACACCAAAUAUCCGCUAACGUUAACAUUUGCGCUAUGAAUCCAUCCAAUCCGUUUGGGAGUCCACAAGGUGGAGCUUUCCAAGCUCCGAACAACUCUGGUUUGUUCCAGACAUUUGGACAGCAAAAUGCCAGUAAUCAGUCUCAAACUAUGGGCUUUUUUCAACCGUCAGCGUUCGGGCAGCCAUCUGUCCUAAAUCAGCCCUCGUCUCAUGGAAAUACCAUCUUCGGACAAGCUCCUGCCUUUGGACAGUCCUCUGCACAGCCUUCCUCACUGCCUACAAUAGGCCAGACUCCAGCAUUUGGACAGCCAUCUCUAGGAAUGAAUAGCUCUAGCUUUGGCAGCAACACAGCACCAGCUUUUGGACAAACUAAUGCCCCAAACCAGGGUUCAGUCUUUGGGCAGACACCAGCCUUCGGACAGAGUUCUGUGUUUGGACAGACGCAUGGAUUUGCCCAGCAAACCUCAGCUUUCAGCAAACAGCCAACAAGUUUUGGACAACAGCCAUCUAGGUUUGGAAAUUCUCAGAUGACCUCUGCUGCCACCACUGCCUUAGGGCAACCUCAGCCACUGACUUUUGGACAGCCAGCAUUUGGUCAGCCGCCAUGUACCAGUGCUGCCACUACUGUAUUUGGCACAACUCAAAGUGUCACCCAGGGCAGAACCUUUGGAUCGUCCGAGUUUAGUUUCAAACCAGCCAACGAGGCUCUUUUCAAACCUAUCUUUAGCGCCAGCCCUGAGCCUACUAACCCUCAGCCCACCUCACUGUCCAGUUCACCUUUUGGUAACAAGGCCAGCUCCAGCGUCGUGAGUAGCACCAGCACCACUACUGGUUUCCCUCUGUUGACAAGUGCUAAGUCUGGGCCUCUGGGCUUUAGCUUCUCACAGCCAGCUGCAGCCCCCUCGGCCUCUGGUCAAACCAACCCACUGACGACAGGCAGUAGCAGCAGUGCUACAAACAAUUUGCAGUUCACAUUUUCUCAACCGGCCACCCUGUCAAGUUCCAGCACUAAGGCUUCCGCCACACAGCCCACCACACCAUCAUCUUUCAGCUUUUCAGCCAAAGCUCUCCAACCUCAGACAGCACAGUUUUUUGGAGGAUCCAAUUUUGGACAGCCCAGUAAAGCUGAAACUAACACAGAUGAGAAAGUUAGUGACCUUGAGACUUUACAGGAUACAAAUAUAUUUGCACGAUUUACUAAAGCCAACAAGCGUAAGGAAGACCCAGAAGUGCCCAGCAAUGUCACAGAAAAACCUACCACUGAGGAUGAUAUACAACCAGAAACAGAUUCUCCAAGACAUCCUCCAAAACGGCCACUAAUGAGGUCUCGUGGCCCAAUUGCAGGCAUAUUCAGCAGAGCAGUAAGUGGCCUUCGAAAAGAUGGCACCAAGCCAGUAAAGCGAGACUCCACAAAGGAGAUGCCGCAGCAGGCAGUCAACCUGAAGGAGACAAAGACAGAGGAGGAAGUUGUUCAAACUCAGGAUGACAACUUAACUGUUAACCCACCCACUGUACAAGCGCUGACAGAUGGGUUGGAGAAAGCUGAAGGGUCAGAUCCAGUAACAGACCCAGAUCUAAACUUUGAAACCACAACUCCUGUGAAGCGAGGGGUACGCACGGAGAGCUCAGAGAGCUUCAGUGGUUUGUCGCCCACUGACUCCACCAUCAUUCACUGCAGGAAUGUGCCUCCAGCUCUUAACAAAAAGGAUAUAAUAGAGAAGCACUUUGCUCGUUUCGGCAAAGUCUGCAAGGUCCUCUGUCGGCCUGCCAAGAAUCUAGCUACAGUACACUUCAGUGAUCAUGCAUCAGCUGCAAAGGCCAAGAAGAAAGGCAAACACCUUCACAGACACGAACUUCUUCUUCUGUGGCAAAGAAAAAAGCAAAGUCCAGGAGAGAAAGGGAGCAGGCCUCCAGCAGAAGAGGAAGAGGCAAGGGAAGAAAGUCAGGAGGGCACAGACUCCAAAGCUGCUUCCUCUCCUCUCAGAAAACCUCAACUCAGAGGUCCUGCAGUGAGCAGCAUGGGGACCCUGAACCGCAGCUCACCUGUGAAGACAUCUUCUUCGGCCAAGUCUCUGCAGUUUGACAAUGAGCCCCAGACAGAAGGUAGCACAGAAACCCAGAGCUCAGAGCGCCCUGUUCCCAUCUCUCUCCUUCACAUGAUAGGCCAGGUGGCAGAGAACGCUGAGGAUAAGUACCGUCUCCUGGAACAGAGAGAUAAGAUCCUACGACAAGGUCGGCCUAAGAGGACGGACCUGAAUCUGUCUAAGGUGUUUGUGGGGACCUGUCCUGACAUGUGUCCAGAGAAGGAGAGAUACAUGAGGGAAACACGAAAACAACUUAGUGCAUUUGAGGUUAUCCCAAAUACUGAGUUGGUGGAUCAUACAGCAGCCAUCAAAGAAUAUAGUCGCUCGUCAGCAGACCAGGAGGAGCCUCUUCCUCAUGAGUUGCGCCCCCUACCUGUUCUUGGCAUGACCAUGGACUACCUGGUGACUCAGAUCAUAGACCAGGGCCAGGACAACUACCGAGACUGGUAUGACUUUGUCUGGAACAGAACCCGUGGCAUUCGUAAGGAUAUUACCCAGCAGCACCUUUGCUGCCCGCGCACUGUGAUGCUGAUUGAGAAAUGCACACGCUUCCAUGUGCACUGUGCACAUCAUCUCUGCGAGGAGCAUAUGUCGUCUUUUGAUGCCAAGAUCAACAACGAGAACAUGACCAAGUGCCUUCAGAGUCUCAAAGAAAUGUACCAGGACCUAGCCACUCGUCAAAUCUUCUGUCCACGGGAGGCAGAGUUUCGUCAGUACAGUGUGCUGCUAAGGCUCAACGAUGGUGACAUCCUACGGGAGGUGCAGCAGUUCCGGGACGAGGUCCGUAACUCUCCUGAAGUGAAGUUUGCGGUGCAGGCAUUCGCUGCAGUCAACAGCAAUAACUUUGUGCGCUUCUUCAAACUGGUGAAAAGAGCCUCAUAUCUUGCUAGCUGCCUCCUACACAGAUACUUCAACCAGGUCAGAGCCAAGGCCUUGAAGACCCUGAACAUGGCUCACACUGUCGGCCCACGGUCAACUGCAUUUCCUCUUGAGGAUGUGGUGCGGAUGGUAAUGUUCCGUGAUGCUGCAGAAGCAACUGACUUCAUUCAGCAGUAUGGCCUCAACGUCAGCGAUGGUAUCGUUGAGCUGAGUCGAAUAGCCCAUCAGGAGCCAGAGCUGCCACUAUCCCAGAAGAAGUCUGAGAUCAUUCUCGCAAAGAAAACAGUGUUGAUUGGAGAGGUGGUGAAUGGAGGCCCCCUUCCUAACCCUCCAAAGCACAUCCCUAUCUGCAGCUUCGACUUCCAGAACAAAUACUGCGGAGAGGUCACGCAGACUGAGCCUUCUUCAGCUGUUCCUGCCAAGGUGGAGGUCAAGGCACCACCCAACAUUGAGCUGCUUUCACAGCCCAUGCCAUCCAGAUAUGGAAGCAUUGUCAGUGGGUUAAUGUGUCCAGUUGUCAAUGAGGCAGGAGAGCCAAGUGAGCCUGCAGAUGCACAGCAGCUCUUUGCGAUAUCUGAACCUCAGCCUGAGAAGCCACCAUCACCUCCUACCAAACCUCAGCCGUUCUAUAGUGAUGAGGACAUUAUGGCUGAGCUCCAGUGCAUCAUCGAUGAGGUGGUUAAAGCAGAGGUGGGAAAGGUUGCUGAUGCUGGUAGCAGCUACGUCAAAACUGCUCUCAUAGAGAGCAGUGUCCAGCUGGACUCACUGUUGGGUGAGGUCCUGGGACAGAUGAUACAGGAGGCUUCAUCUGCGGAGAUCAGGUUGGAGCAGGAGCGCGUCGCUGAAGAAAGACGCAAGCUUGAGGAAGCCAGGAGGAGGCAGGAGCAUGAGGCAUUCGUGGCUCAAUUCAGUUUCUCUCUCUCCACUGAGAUCGUCCACGAAGUUGUAGAUGAAACCAUCAAGGAGACUGCUGCUGCUGAGAUCAAACAAGCAGUCAAUGAGAAAGCCCAGUGUGUGGCUAAAUGCACUGAGCAGGUCUGCAGCAGUCUAGUGGAAGAGACUUUGAAUGCAGACAUCAGUCUGUUGGUUGAAGAGAUCCUUGAUGCUGAGCUGCAGUGUAUCCACAAGUAUAUUAAAAGGUGGCGUGACGUUGUUGCAGUUCGCCGGCAGCUGAAGAGACAGAUGAGAGGAUUCCCUGCAGCUCCAUGCUGUGUUGACCCCUGCUUUAAACUCACUCUGGCUCCCAGCGCCCCUGCACAGCCCUCCAUAGCGGAUCUGACCCGAGGAUUAGUCAAUCUAGGCAAUGCAGGCACUUUGACCCUGUCUAGCACCAGGUUGCUGAAGAUGAGACGGGAAGCGACUCAUCAGAUGAGAGUUCAUUACUACUUCCAGCAGCUGCUUGAAGAGACUGUGUGGAAACCACUAGACCUGCCGGCACUGGUGACAGAAAAUAUUCCUGACCCCCCUGACAGAACCUUCUGGAAAGCUGCUCUCCUCUUACCCAGCUAUCACGAGUGUGUCGCCAGCUUGGCAGACAGGAUCCUUACAGACUGGCUGGAGGUAAAGAUGGGUGGAGACAAGGCAUCAGAGGUCAGGGAGGAGAAGCUAGACGGGACGUUGCAAACCCUCUGUGUCAUUAAUACAUUGCAGGAGAAGGAAGAACAAACUCACAAAGUCCACAUUACAAUCAAGGCGUCCCGAGGCCUGCUGACUGAACACAGCCUGUCCCAAAUUGAGGAGAGCUGUGAGCUGAAUGGAACAGGAGCUCUCAUUAUGUUGCUUCCCUCUCUGCCUGUCAUUGAGUCUGAGCAGGAUGUGCCUCUGCUAUCAGCCCUGCUUCAGCUCAAACAGCUCCAACAAGCCAACACCUGGCACAACCCGCUGCCUCUGGUUGUACUGGUCCCAGGAGCUGCCAGUGGUGCUGCUGAUGUGCAGAAACUUGAAGAAGCUCUUAUGCUGCAAACACUAGUGAAGGAAGGUGUGGUGUCUGACUACACGUUCUUCUUCAUACCAGAGACCAUCACUGACCUACAGGGAUCCAAGCAGUUAAACCAGGCCAUACGUUGGCUGCUGGCUCACGCUCCACCACCCUUCACACUCUCCUGCCAGACCUUGGUCCAACUCGUGGAGGGCAGUUUAAGCCGCGAGUUCAGUUCCAGAGUCUACGCCCACAGACAGGAGCGGGCCACUGCGUGUCUUCCCUCCCAGGACCCUGCACCUGUCAUCCAGCUGUACAAUUCUGUCCUGGCCCACAUUGCUGACAGAGUCUCAUCACAGGAGCUCUGCAGACUCUCAUGGCCCCCAGGCGAAUUCUAUAUGCCCGAUACACGUCCAUUUGUUCCUCAUCUGGGUUGGAACUCUUCUCAGCACCUGGACUGGCUACGCAAAGCCAUCCUCAGCCUGCAGCUGCCACAGUGGGAGCCAAUAUCUUCUACUGAGUGGACUGAAGUGUGCUCCUCUAUAUUUCAAUACGCUACUCUGAUCCCAGUCUCGAGGCUUAGCCAGCCUCUUCUAAUGUCACAACUGGAGAACCUUCUGGAACGAGUCAGGCUCAAGGCUCACUGCAAUGGAACCCACAGAUCCAAGGCAUCCAGUGGAAACUGGGGCAAUGAGGAUUGGGUUCAUCCAUCAUGUAGUCACAUCCCCUGGGAUGACGUGUUGGUGAUUUGCAUAGACCACAAGCUGAAAGACUGGCAGAUAUCUGAGUCACCUGUAUGUGAAGAUGCUGUCACAGAGGAUGGAGAGAUCCUAGUGUAUUUCCCCACAGGCACACUGCAGGAUUUCCAGCCUCCUCAGGAAUGGGUCCAGGCCAUCAGACAAACACACAGGGAGAAACAACAGGAAAAGCAAUGCUUCACUGCAAGUGCAGCGUCUUGCGUUACGCCCAGCAGUCUGUCCCUCAGGCAGAGGCUGUUUCCAAGUCUGCUUGAGCCUUGCAAGGCCCCGGAGGCUCCACUAGACAUAACACACACACCCACAGUGCAAGAGCUCCUUGUCCACAAAGUCCUUCAGAGAUUAGAGGAGGAGAAGGCUGAAAGCAGGAGGAGCACAGAGCAGCUUCAGUGUUGGCUGAAUGGAGACCCCUUGGACCAGUUGUCCACACCGCUGUUCAUCCCGUCUUCCACCCUGCUGUCCAUGCCUACAGCUGUAAGACAAAGCUCUGCAGCCAAGACUAGGGAUGCCACACCUGCACAGCCUGAACAUCUGUCAGAGGUCCGGCUUAAAGCCUCUCCUGCAUCCAUGACAUGGCGAAUAAAGGAACUGGAGCGACAGAUUUUGGCAAGUCAGGAGGAAGAACAGGCCUGUCGACUAAAGCUGAGUGGGUUGCUGAGCAUUGUUGACGACUGAUAAAGAAAUCUUAGGUCAUGUUGAGUGAGCAGUGAAAUCGAGUUUGUGUUAUGUUUUUGAUUUUAUAAAGAUUUUAAAAUGUAUGUCAUAUUACUUUUACAAAAAUCUGCAAAACUUGCUCUUGUUUAUUUUUGUUUGUUUAUAAUUCAGUUAUCCAGAUUGCAUGUGAAUUAUGUAUGAAUUGCAUUUGAGAUUUUGUUGCAUUGAGGUUGCUGUUGUUGUUUUUUUUAUCAAAUGUUGAAUAAAGGUUUUAACUUUUCUGUUCA